AUGGAUAGAGUACCUUCGUUGUCAUCGUCAUCAUUAUUGUCUAGUACACUACCACCUAAUUCGUUGUUUUCUCUGUUCAGUUCAUUGUCUGCAAGUAAGGAACAACAUGGAGCAGUUGGAUCACUUACAGGUGGAAAUGUAGCUAGUAGUAACACUGCUGCUGGUGGUGUUGCAUCCUCUGGUACAACAAGCAGCGGCAGCAGCAGCAGUGGAGGUGGUGCACCGGGAGUUACCGCUAGUUCACAAUCAUCGAGUACAACUACCACCACCAUCAAUCUGAAUGUGUCACUCGAUAGCAAAGAGGAAGAGAAAGAGUGUUCCUAUAUCAUCAUGGAGAUAGACAAAGGCAUUAGAUCGAGCAAUCUCGGUGACCAAGUGGAAUCGAUCAUGUUUUACAGUCAGUUGAUUCGCUAUCAUCCAACGACGAUGGUGGUGACAUCGAUUAUCAUCAAGCUUGCCGACAUCUUUAGGAACUGUAGUAACAUCGUUCGCUAUCGUAUCUUGAAGGUGUUUCAAGAGUGCUCUACAGAGGUACAUCGUUUGUCAAACAUCGAUGAGGUGUUGAAGCGAAUUCACUCAGUGACACUGUCGAACGAUCCUCUGGCAAGAGCACUCGCUCUCCGAGUUCUAGGUUCGGUUCCACAUCUGAUUGCCGACAAGCUGUAUGUGCAUCAUACGAUACGUACAUCGAUGCAGACACACGACGAAGUAGAGGCAGAUGCCAACUAUUUCGUGAUGGAUCGACUCUGUGAAGUGUCGCCAGUCUUCUCUGACAGUAUCAUCGAGAAGAUCAACACGAUAAUUCAAACCAUAGAGACACCACCAAUUACCAAACUUAAAUAUACAAGAUUAUUUAGACAUAUGCAUCAUAAUCAUUUAAUAUCAAAUCAAUCAAGAUCAAUGUUAAUAGAGUUAUUAGAUUUAUAUCCAUCUGUAGUACAAGUAACAUUGAUAUUAGAUACUUUGAAUACAUUGGCAUUAAAACAUAGAUUAUAUGUUAAUGAGCAUAUUACAUUUUUAAUUAAUUAUAUUUCUAAAGAUCCAAGAAUCAAAGUUAAACUUACAGGAUUGAAAUGUUUACAACGAUUAGCUAAAUCAUCACCUCAUUCCAUAUACCCAUUCAAAAAUCUAUUUGAAAUGUUAAAAGAACCAAACCAAAACUAUAAUAAUUUAUUAAGAUAUCAUUGUCUAAGUUUGAUUUCAUUAUUAUCAACGGUUCAGUACGAUUCAGUAUUGGCAGAUCAACAGUACAUAGAUCUACUCUUUGAGUAUUGUAUGCAUUCCUCUCAGCGAUUAUCAGAACAAUCCGUUGAAAUCAUAACAAAUUUACUAUUGGAGCAAAACAAUGACCAAAAUCAAACAUUAUUUAAUAGAUAUAUUGAUACAAUCUGUAAUAUUCUGUCAAAUAUAAAUCAACUACAACAACAACAAUAUAAUAAUCAAUCAUUUAAAGAAUCAAAGUUAUUGACAUCGAUAAUCAACUUUUUAAAGAGAUAUCCACAGUAUAGCCAAGAGAUAACAGGUACAAUGAUAUCACUAUUUGGCAAGCUAUCGAAUGACUCUAUGAGAUGUCUGUUACACUGUAUAUCUAUUUAUAUUCCAUAUUGUAAAGCAUCGGUUCAUUCUCAUCUCGAUACACUUUUAACACAGCUUACAACUCUCAUUCACCCAACAACAUCUAUAAAUGAUUCAAAAUUGAUAAUGUCCAUAUUUAUAACUAUAUUUAGAGCAUAUGAUGAAUACUUUGAUUUGAUACCAAAGAUUACAGAUAGUUUGUUACCACCUAUAGAACAACUCGUGUUGGUACCCGGUUAUCAAUGGUGUUGCUAUCAACUUGCAAAGCAAUCGCAACGGCAUGGUUUCCACUUGAUAGCAAAGUCAAUCUACAGUGUACUCAUCAACAGAGUUGAUACUGAAUCAAACUAUUUCUGGUUACAAUCACUUCUCUCCAUUGCAAAUAUUGAGUACUCAAUCGCAUCCGGUCAAAGUAUUACUCCACUCUUGGCAGAAUGCAACACAACUUUAUUAUCAUUCAAAGCAAGUUGUAGUCAUAGUGAGAAAUCAAUUAUAUUUCAAGAACAAUACAUUCAACAAAGAGAACAGUAUCUAUAUAACCUAUUGAAUCUCAAAUUGUUUUUGGUUCAAAAUAGUGGAGAGCUUGGUUCUGCUGUAUCGACUCGUGUUAGUGCAACACUCUCAAAGAAACUACUGCAAUUCCAAACUCUGGCAAAGCAAUUCUCCCAAUUCAUAUCAAAGUUGUUCCCGUCAUCUUUCCGUCACUUGGAAUGCAAAGAGUUGCAAGAAGCCAAGUCCAUUCUGGAGACCUAUAGUAUCUCUUGUAAUUUGAUUGUCUAUUUUUUGAAUAACGCCUACUUCAAUGGACAAGAUCUCUCUACCAACCAUAAUAGCAAUCAGAGUGAUAACAAUAACAUAUUUGGGUCUGCAAGUAUUGACAGUUUAGUCGAAAGAUUCCCACUCUAUAAAAUUUGUAAAUAUCUAUUCCAACAGUUCCAACAACAACUUUCAGCAAACGGUGUAAUACCAUUCCUUUGUGAUUCAAUAGAUAUUCUAUUAUCAAUUCCUGCCAACUAUCCUUCACAAUUCUUUACUCAAAUAUAUUAA